CUACCCAAUGAAGCAAGACCAUGCUUCAGCUUCAGCAUUUAAAGCUCCUGAAUCCUGGCAAUCAGACUCAAUUUUGGGAGGUGAAGUUGUGAAAUGCAAGCAAGCUGACUUGUAAAUCUUCCUGCUAAUUAUUUUCGAAAAAUGGUAGCUGUAGCAGUUGUUACCCUGCCUCUGGUGCCAUCAACUCACCGUCAAACUCUGCCGCGGUCUUUUCAGUCUUGUUGCAAGAUGCUGUCAUCAACCCCUCUGUUUUAUCGGCCCGCGGUUCGCCCUGCACAGUUUGCAGUGUUUUCUGUUCUGUCCUCUCCAUCACAAGUGGACCAGUCUGCUAAGUUUGUGGAAAAGUCAAAAAGAGGAAACUUAGUCCCAUUAUCCCAGUGCAUAUUCUCUGAUCAGUUGACACCCGUGCUUGCUUAUCGUUGUUUAGUAAACAAAAAUGAUCAUGAAGCACCCAGCUUCUUGAUCGAGUCCGUGGUGCCAGGGUUACACACUUUGACUGUUGGUAGGUAUAGUAUUGUUGGGGCUAAUCCAGCAAUGGAAAUCAUAGCAAAGGAUAAUUUAGUUACAGUGAUUAAUAAUCGCGAAGGGUGGAUUAAGGAGGAGAUUUCGGAAGACCCAUUGACAAUCCCUCGGAGAAUCACAGAGAAAUGGACCCCUCAGUGCAUUGAUGAGCUUCCUCAAGUGUUUUGUGGUGGAUGGGUUGGAUAUUUUUCUUAUGAUACGGUGCGCUACACAGAGAAGAGCCUUGCCUUUUCAAGUGCCCCUGCAGAUGACAGGAAUCUCCCAGAUGUACACCUAGGUCUGUAUGAUGACGUGCUUGUGUUUGAUCAUGUCGAAAAGAAAAUUCAUGUAAUUCAUUGGGUUCAAUUGGAUCAAUUUGCAUCAGUAGAAGAGGCAUUGGACAAUGGUAUGAAACGCUUGGAUUCCUUGUUGUCUAAGGUUCACGAUAUAACCAAUCCAAGACUAUCUUCUGGCUCGUUAGAAUUAAAUACUCAGAGACUCCAUCAGAAGUUAGAGGCUUUGUGUCUAACAAGUGAAGCAUACAAGAUGGCCAUAUUAAAGGCGAAGGAGCAUAUUUUAGGUGGUGACAUACUCCAAGUUUUUCUAAGUCAACGGUUUAUAAGGAGAACUUUCUCGGAUCCUUUUGAUGUAUAUAGGGCAUUGAGUAUUGUGGAUCCAAGUCCUUUCAUGGCUUAUAUACAGCAGGUUCGAGGUUGCACCCUUGUUGCUUCAAGCCCUCAAAUUCUAUCCUAUGUUGAUGAAAAGGGAAAGUUCACUAACCCAACUCUUUAUAAGAUUGAAAGUAAACAUGACAAAUUUAAGGAGGAUGCAUUUUUAGGAAAGCAGCUUAUUAAUGGCAAUAGAAAUCAUGCAGAGGAUAGCAGGCUAGCUGACUGGGCAAACAGCAAUGUCAAACAGGCUACUGAUGUGUAUUCGACUUGCUGGGAUGCUCUUCGGGGUGCAUUGCCUUCAGAAGCUUUUAUUGGAGCACCAAAGAUUGAAGCAAUGAAACUGAUAGAUAAGCUCGAAUUUAAAAGGCGAGGCCCAUAUGGUGGAAGUUUUGGAUGCAUUUCAUUUUCCAAGGACAUGGACAUCGCUGUUGCUUCAAAAACCAUAGUGUUUCCAACAGGGAAAGCCUAUGACACAUUGUAUUCUUCCAAAAAUAUGAACGUACGACAAGAAUGGGUUGCUCAUCUCCAAGCCGGAGUUUUCAUCACGGGAGACAGUGAUCCUGGAGACAAGCAGAGGCAAUGUGAGCGAGAAGCUGCAGCACUCGCCCGAGCCAUUGAUCUUGCAGAGUCUUCGUUUCUUUAGAAAGACCAGAAGUUGUACACAGCUUGUUGCCUUCUUCUAACUUAAACUAGGAUAUUAUCCGAAAUAAAAGUUAUCUGAUAAUGUUAUGAAAUUAAAUUCAAAUUGUGCC